UAUGAGAAUGUUCUGUCAUAAUUUUCCAUUAAAAUUACUCCAAUCAAUGUCAAGUGACAACUUCUUCUAUUUUUUAAUGGAAAAUAUUAUUGAAAUGCUGAAAAUUUUUCUUCUCAUAUGAUAAACAUACAUAUCCAUUUCAGAUCACACAGCAGAAAAUUGACACUCGAAGACUAUGGGGAAGUGGAUGAAUGAUGAGCACUUCUGAAAGAUGGUGGGAUAUGUACAAUCUUCGCAUUGGGUGGCUAUGCAAGUUAUUGGCAUAUUUUUGAAAGCCAGUGGUGGGGCUAUCUGCAAUUUUCAAGCUGAAUGGAUCAAUCUUUCUUCAGGAUUCUUUAUAUGCUUGAUACCUUCUUGAAACAAUCUUAGGAGGCGAACAUGGCAAAAUCUAUUCUUCUUGCCAUUCUAAAAUUAUUGAUGAUCUUAAUAUUUGCUGGUUGGGUUUCUCUUUGGCUGCUAAAGCCGACUAAUCUAUGGACAAGAAAAUGGAAAGGAGCCGAAGAUAGCACUAGGCCUACACUAUUUGGCUAUUACGGUCUUGACUUUGCUGUGUACACAUUUCCUGUAAUUUCUCUGGCUAUAAUUGGACUUGUUUACUUGAAUUUGCUGUCCAAGGAGCCAUUAAGAAGGAGAAAAGCAAGGAGCUCAACUAUUGGUUUCUCAAAUCCUGUGAUAGUAAACAGCUUUGUGGGUGUUUUGUCUUGCAUAGAGAUCCUGGGUGUGUUCCUCUUCAUCCUCUUUUUAGCAUGGACUUAUUAUACCCGCAUCUCUAACGAUUUCAAGAACUUGAUGCCAAUCAAAUCUCUGAAAUUGAAUUUAUGGCAACUCAAGUAUCUGAGAGUGGCAACCCGUUUUGGUUUGCUAGCAGAAGCCUGCCUAGCUUUGCUUCUUCUGCCUAUUUUAAGGGGCCUGGCCUUAUUUCAAUUACUUGGCAUCCAAUUUGAAGCUUCAGUAAGAUACCAUAUCUGGCUUGGGACUUCAAUGAUAUUUUUUGCCACUGUUCAUGGUGGAAGCACCUUGUUCAUCUGGGGUGUCAGCCACCAUAUUCAAGAUGAGAUGUGGAGAUGGCAGAAAACAGGGAGGAUAUACUUAGCUGGGGAGAUAGCUCUUGUCACAGGACUAGUAAUCUGGAUUACAUCACUUCCUCAAAUAAGGAGGAAAAGAUUCGAAAUCUUCUACUACACACACCAUCUUUAUAUUUCGUUCUUAAUAUUCUUCCUAUUUCAUGCUGGAGACCGACACUUCUAUAUGGUUUUCCCUGGAAUGUUUCUCUUUGGUCUCGACAAGCUGCUCCGAACCAUACAAUCAAGACCAGAAACUUGCAUUCUCUCAGCAACAGUAUUUCCCAAUAAAGCUGUAGAACUUAUUCUGCCUAAAGAUCCAAGGUUGAAAUAUACCCCAACAAGUGUGAUAUUUAUGAAGAUACCAAGUAUAUCCAAGUAUCAGUGGCAUUCCUUCAGUAUAACUUCUAGUUCCAAUGUUGAUGAUGAAGUGAUGUCCGUUAUAAUAAAGUGUGAGGGAGGCUGGACAAGUUCUUUAUAUGACAUGAUACAAGCAGAUUUAGAUUCAAAUGCAGAUCAUAUGAGUUGCAUACCUGCAGCAAUUGAAGGCCCCUAUGGACCCGCCUCACUGGACUUCCUGAGAUAUGACAACCUAGUCCUGAUAGCAGGCGGAAUUGGGAUAACCCCAUUUCUGAGCAUCUUAAAGGAAAUUGCUUCUGUCCAAAGCAGCAGCAGCAGCAGCAGAUACAGAUUCCCAACACAAAUACAGCUUAUUUAUGUAGUGAAAAAGUCCCAAGAAAUUUGUCUGUUGAACUCAAUAUCUUCUCUACUUCUAAACCAGUCUUCAUCCAAACAAUUGAAUCUAAAGCUGAAAGUUUUUGUGACCCAAGAAGAGAAGUCUAAUGCAAGCUUGGGAGAAUUACUAAAUGAUUUAUCUGUAAUACAAACAGUUAACUUCGACACAAAAAUUUCCAAUUAUGCGGUGCAUGGACUAGAAAGUCCUCUUUGGAUGGCUGCCUUAACCGCAUUAACCUGCGUUGUGUUUCUUGUUUUUCUGAUGUGUUUCAACCACAUCUUUGUUUCCUCGGAGAAGAAUGGCGGUGCUGCCUCCGAAAAGUUGGUUGUUCGCCGAGAAAAGAAGGUCCCAAAAGAAAAGACUCCUUCAUCGGUGGUUGAUCUACUUCUCUUAUCUUCGUUCAUCAUAGCUAUAACAUGCAGCACUUUUUUGGCAUUCAUUUUGAGAUGGAAAAGGCUCAAGAAAGCGAUUCCUCCAGUCUCCCAAAAACAAGGCAAAUCAGCGGAACCGCGUCAAGUGGAAAUCAGUGCUUUUGAGGAACAUGAAAUCCAUUUUGUGGGAAGGCCUAAUUUCCACGAUAUGUUCUCCAAGUUUCCAAAUGAAACUGAAGGAUCUGAUGUUGGAGUCUUGGUUUGUGGACCUGAAACUAUGAAGGAGUCGGUAGCAUCAUUAUGCCAGCUCAAGUCACAAGGCUUCAAUGUAGGUGCCGAGGGAAAGAAACCAUACUACAGUUUCCACUCCCUCAACUUCACUCUCUAGUCUACACACUAAUAUCAACUACUUGGACACAAGAAAUUCUAGCCCAAAAGUAUAGGUAGCCCUACUCUUUUGUCUGUAUCAGUAUUAAUGCCUGUGCAAGUAGUGUAAAUUGGCUCUAGCCUUCUCCUUCCAAAAUGUGAUCAUAUGUGCAGUAAAUUUCCGCUUCAAGCUUGUGCAAUUUGCCUUAAUUUGCAGCAGAUUGAUUUCUAUCUUCAAGACCAAAUAGCAAUUCAGUUUUUUCCCCUUAAAGAA